UUGGGUUCAGGAACAGAGGGUGUAUCUGUCAUCCCCAGAUCAUCAUCUUCAAUCGGUAGUCUAGGAUCAACAUGUGCUGAAGAGCAGAAUAAAGACUCCAGAAUUAGUGCCAAGAGUAAAGAUGCCAGAACUGCUCUCAGUAGCAGCUCCUCUGAUAGUUAUGGGACACCUAUGAGCAUAAUGAGUGAAAUGAUGAGUAGUAGUGUGGCGUUAUCUUCUAUGUUAAUAUCAGAAACCCCCGCUUUAAAACCUCCAUGUAGAUUGACUGGUGAAGAAAAGACGUGUUUCAUGGAGAGACUGACAGAAGAGAAUGCUGACACUGAUGGAGUCCUGGAGGUCUGUCCCCCACACAGUCUUCACAUAGCUAGUCUGACACAGAACGCAAAUUCUGAGCUCUUGCAAGACACUGGUUACCAGACAGGUAGUCUUCAGCAUACUGCAAGUUUAAGUGGUCAGGAGAUUGCCAAGAGCAAACUUAGGAUCACUCCUGCUGCUGAUCUGAUGGACAGCUGUGUUAUAACAGUCUCCUCCUACUCUCCCAUACAAACCAAGUCUGCUGGAUCUGAUCCUGCUAAUAAAGCAGACAACAAACCUCACUCUGAUAUGACAUUCACUCGAGAUAAUGCUCUUUUUGAAAACGUUCCGAGUCGGGAAGAAGGAAAGAAAAGGUGUGAAGCUAGUCCGUUAUUGACUCCUUCCCACCACCAUUCUCAGUAUCCUAACCUUUUCACACGUUCCCUUUGGAAACCAAGCGUGUUUUCAACACCUACUAAACAGCACCUAGAGGAAGAAGAUUUUCUAUCUUAG